GCGGCGUGCCGAGCCGUGCCGCGCGGCGCCCCGCUCCGCCGGACCAUGGUCGGGGAUCAGUGCAGCCUGCCCGCCGAACGGCCCGUCCUCGCGCAGAGUCCCAAGGCCGGACUGAGCUGCAAGAUGGUGCUGCAGGCGGUGGGCAAGGUGCUGCGGAAAUCCAAGGGAAAGCCAAAUGGUAAAAAGCCAGCGCCGGAAGAAAAGAAACUUUACCUAGAGCCAGAAUACACAAAAUCCAGAAUUACCGACUUUGAAUUUAAGGAGCUGGUGAUGUUACCACGAGAAAUAGACCUCAACGAGUGGCUCGCCAGCAACACAACAACUUUCUUUCAUCACAUCAACUUACAAUAUAGUACAAUCUCAGAAUUCUGCACAGGAGAGUCGUGUCAGACCAUGGCAGUGUGCAAUACACAGUACUACUGGUAUGACGAGCGGGGGAAGAAGAUCAAAUGCACUGCUCCGCAGUACGUCGACUUCGUCAUGAGCUCAGUGCAGAAACUUGUGACAGACGAGGACGUCUUUCCAACAAAAUACGGCAAAGAAUUUCCAAACUCGUUUGAGUCCUUAGUGAAGAAGAUCUGCAAGUACCUGUUCCACGUGCUGGCCCAUAUCUACUCCUCACACUUUAAGGAGACUUUGGCACUGGAGCUGCACGGACACUUAAACACGCUCUACACACAUUUUAUCCUAUUCAUCAGGGAGUUCAACCUGGUGGACCUUAAAGAGACCACCGUCAUGGACGACCUCACGGAGGUCCUGUGCAGCAGCAGCGGGAGCAGCAGUAAUGGGAGCGGCAACGGGAGCAGCAACAGCGCAGGAGCACAGAACCACGUGAAGGAGAGAUGAGCCUCCUCCAGGAUCAAACUAACAUUAAAAACAAUAUUAUAUAUUAUGUGUGUAUGUGUAUGUAUACGUUCAGAUAUACAUACAGGCAUAUACAGCUAUGAAAGCUGAAAAAAAUUAUGCUGCCACCCACAGGACGUGUAGUCAUACGGGACUGUAUGGAGCUUUGGUUUAAUGCGCCACCUGGCGAGAAGUUGCACCAAUUUUUAUUUUAUUUUCUGUCCACUCUUCCUUUUACCUAUUCAGGUGGAUGGUGAGUGCUGUUUUUAGAGAAGAGCCAAGCCUGAGAGUGGGGCCACUCUUACUUCUUUGUUUUGGUUUGGUUGUUUUGGUUUUUCUUUCUUUGGUCUUGAGUGCAAGCCCUACAUCUUCCGAGGAUGGGGGUCUUGCCAUUUUAAAAAUACCUAUUAUAUUAUAAGAAGUGACUUUUACUUUGAAGUGGCUUAAAAUGCAGAUUUAUUUGGGUUUUUUGGGGGGCGGGGUGGUUUUCUGGUUUGGUUUUACAUAGACUGCCCCUGGCCCCUGCCAAAAGCUUCCCAGUUGAGUGCAUCUUGCCCUUUGCUAGCUUGGAAUGGGAAGAAACUCCUGGCUUGACUAGAGCAGCAACUAGGGGCUUGCUACGUGUUGAGAGUGGGCAUGAUUCUCCAGUUGUUACAUCUGCUUGGUCACAACAUGUGAACGUGCAAGAGGAUCCACGAGCCUUUCUGCUUAUUGCUCCUACAACAUAUAUGCUCUCUCCCCUGCUCCCUCUGCCUCCUCUUUUUAUUUAUAAAGAUGUGCCUGGGAAAAGAGUAACAUCACUGGUCUAAAACCAAUGUGCAAGAGCCACCACCACGCGUUUCCCAUUGAGUGGAGGCCCGGGGAGGGAGGAGAAGGGCACAUUGAGUCCGUCACUGCCUGUGCUAGAAAGAUGGCUGUUGGCAUAAAAUUAUAUUGUUGGCUUAUUUUAGUUCAUCUGUUCUAUAAUAAUAAAAACAAAUCUAUCAGC